CGCAGUCAGAGUGACAUCGGCGCCGAGUGAGGCAGGUAACCAUCACCUUCUGCACCAGGAGAUCCCCAGGAACCAUGAAGCUGCAGCUGCCCAACCCAGGUCUGGAGGAGCGGAUCCCGUCCCACCAGGAGCUGGAGAAGAUGGAGGUGGAGGAGGCUGGGGACAGACCCAAAUGGGACAAUAAGGCUCAGUACAUGCUGACCUGUGUGGGCUUCUGUGUGGGUCUGGGUAACGUCUGGAGAUUCCCCUACCUGUGCCAGAGUCACGGAGGAGGUGCGUUCAUGAUCCCGUUCCUGAUCCUGCUGGUCCUGGAGGGAAUCCCCCUGCUGCACCUGGAGUUUGCCAUCGGCCAGCGACUCAGGAGUGGCAGCGUGGGGGUCUGGACGGCCAUUCAUCCCUACCUCACCGGUGUGGGAAUCGCAUCCAUGUUCGUCUCCUUCCUGGUUGGACUGUAUUACAACACCAUCAUCGCCUGGGUCAUGUGGUACUUCUUCAACUCCUUCCAGGAGCCGCUGCCAUGGAGCCAAUGUCCUAUCAAUGAAAACAAAACAGGCCUGGUGUCAGAGUGCGCCAGGAGCUCCCCAGUGGAUUACUUCUGGUACCGGGAGACCCUCAAUACUUCAAAAGUCAUAGAGGAUUCUGGGGGCCUGCAGUGGUGGAUGGUCCUGUGCCUGAUAUGUGCCUGGACUGUGCUCUAUGUCUGCUGCAUCAGGGGCAUCGAGACCACUGGCAAGGCUGUGUAUGUGACCUCCACACUGCCAUAUGUGGUCCUCACCAUCUUCCUGGUUAGAGGACUGACUCUGAAAGGUUCAGUGGAUGGAAUAAAGUUCCUCUUCACUCCAGAUGUAGCUGAGCUGGCGAACCCAGCUACCUGGCUAGAUGCUGGAGCCCAGGUGUUCUACUCAUUCUCCUUGGCCUUUGGGGGUCUCAUCUCCUUCUCCAGCUACAACUCAGUGCAUAACAACUGUGAGCAGGACGCGGUCAUUAUUUCCAUAAUAAAUGGCUUCACCUCAAUCUACGCUGCCACCGUCAUCUAUUCCAUCAUUGGAUUCCGUGCCACCGAACGAUUUGAUGACUGUCUUGGCGGGAAUAUAUUGGCAUUGAUGAACACAUUUGAUCUUCCUGAGGGAAGCAUCACGCAAAGUAACUAUAGUGAAGUUCUGCAGUAUCACAACAUGACGUCUCCAGAUAUUAUUCAAACUCUGAACCUGAAGACAUGUGACUUGAACACAUUCCUAAGUGAGGGUGUCGAGGGCACCGGUCUGGCCUUCAUCGUCUUCACAGAGGCCAUCACCAAGAUGCCAGUCUCUCCACUGUGGUCCAUCCUCUUCUUCAUCAUGCUCUUCUGUCUGGGGCUGUCGUCUAUGUUCGGCAACAUUGAGGGCGUGCUAGUGCCUCUGCAAGACCUCAAAAUCAUUCCCAAAAAGUGGCCCAAGGAAGCCAUCACAGGUUCAAUAUGUCUGGUCUCCUUCAUCAUAGCCGUGAUAUUUGUGCAGAGGUCCGGUAACUACUGGCUGGCUCUGUUUGACAGCUUUGCUGGUUCUAUCCCAUUACUGAUCAUCGCGUUCUGCGAGAUGGUGUCUGUGGUUUACAUCUACGGGAUAGACAGGUUCAAUGAGGACAUCAAGUUCAUGAUUGGCCACAAGCCCAACAUCUUCUGGCAGUCGACAUGGAGGGUCAUCAGCCCAUUGAUCAUGCUGGUCAUCUUCCUCUUCUACUUCAUCACCAAAGUCAGUGCAGAACUCACCUACAUUGUCUGGAACCCUGAUUCGCCAAGCUUUCCCACCCAGGAGAAGAUUCCGUAUCCAGGCUGGAUCUACGCAAUAAUCGUCAUCCUGGCCGGGGUUCCCAGCACAGUGAUUCCCGCCACAGCCUUGUUUAAAUUCAUCAGGAGGCGCUGCUGCUCGAGGAGCAAUGAGCACAAAUCAGACUCUAUCAGCACCAUCUCUGAUAAAGUACAGAUGAGCUCGGACCCAUAGAAACCAGCUGAAUGUCUUAGUGAGGCUCGAUAACCAAAAGGAGACUGGAGUGUUUUCAGAGACUUGUCAUCGGAACAGAACGGGUUCACAGGAAGUUUAAAAAGUCACAGAAAUUCACACAAUAACAAAGGAAAAUUUACUGCGGAUUUAUUCAUUAGCGGCUGAUUUUAACGAGGCUUUUAUUUUGGUAAACUGUGUCACAUGCUUAUUACUCAUUUUGAGUAUUUUUAUAACACGAUGGAAAGAUAGAUAAAGACUAAACAUAGACCAUACGUUAUUGCUGUACCUAAAAUUUUCUGUUUAUCUUCUUCUGUUAUAGUUUAGUUCAAUUUAAAGAACUAUUUGGACUUUUCCAUGGAGUAUAUUAUGUUGAUUAUUUACAUUGUUACUUUUCUGUCAUUCUGAAGUAGUUUUUGUAGCUAAGAUGAGCCAACACUGUUGCCCACUGCUGUCCUGGCACUGUUUGAUGGACAUAAGAUUGAAAAAAAGACCGGCCCCUACUACAGGGGUGGGGGGGUUCAUUUUCCAAAGACCCUAAAAAACCGGUGACUGGCUCUUUAAGUUGCCUUUUUAGUGUGUAGCAAUGGCCUGGUGCCUAAUCAGAGAUGUGCACCAACUUCAAUCCUAAACUACAUCUAUCCCAUCCAUCUCCUAUACCCACUUGUCCUAUUCAGGGUCAGGGUUGGAGCUGGUCCAGAGCACAACCCAGGAUGGGCACACUUACGCACCAUUCAUGCCUAUGGGCAACUUGGUAACUCCAAUUAACCUCAGAAUGUCUUUGGAUGGUGGUGAGAAACCAGAGCACCUGGAGGAAAUCCCACGAUGACAGGGGGAGAACAUGCAAACUCCACACACAUGGAGUUACGGCAGAGACUCAAACCCAGGUCCCAGCAAUAUGAGGCAACAGAGCUAACACCCUACCUCCUCAUUUCACCUCUUAUAUUAAUACAUCCUUGUUAAUGUGAAUUAAAACCAUUUGCUAAAAA